AUGCAAUUUCUUCCUGCAGUAAGUCCACAGUCGUUCUCCACUCCGAGCUGGAAUAUUGAGGCCAAGUAUUCAACCAGAGUGCUCACUGGAAACUGGUUGGAGGAGAGGAGGAAGUUCACCAAGGCCACUGAGAAAACACCCCAGACCAUUUAUAGAAAAGAGUAUAUCCCCUUCCCAGACCACAGACCGGACCAGAUCUCCAGGUGGUACAGCAAGAGGAGAGUUGAGGGGCUCCCGUACAAACACCUGAUCACCCACCACCAGGAGCCCUCGCACCGCCAUCUGAUCAGCACGUACGACGACCAUUACAACCGUCAUAACUAUAACCCAGGCUUGCCCCAGCUCCGCACAUGGAGUAGACAUAAGUUGCUGUGGCUCCCAGAGAAAGCUGACUUCCCGCUUCUCGCUCCCCCUACAAACUACGGACUUUAUGAGCAGUUGAAGCAGAGAUGGCACCCAUCACCCGAGGCCACCUGGAGGGAGAGCAUUUACACUUCUUCCUGCCCCAAACCACCUUCUGGUGCUACGUCUCAGCGGAAGCAUGCAAUUCCAGUGCCUCCCCCUCGCCUGCGGCCUGUCCCACACUCUUGA